CUAGUCAUCCCAGUCAUCCCAGUCAUCCCUAGCCAUCCCAAGAAAUCCCUAGUCAUCCCAGUCAUCCAAGUCAUCUCUAGUCAUCCUUAGUCAUCCGAGUCAUCCAGGUCAUCCCUAGUCAUCCCUAGUCAUCCCAGUCAUCCUAGUCAUUGCUAGUCAUCCCAGUUAUCCCUAGUCCUCCCUAGUCAUCCCUAGCCAUCCCAGUUCUUCCUAGUCAUCCCAGUCAUCCCUAGUCAUUCCUAGUCAUCCCAGUAAUCCCAGUCAUCCCUAGUCAUGUCAGUCAUCCUAGUCAUCCCUAGUCAUUCCUAGUCAUUCCAGUCAUCCCAGUCAUCCCUUGUCAUCCCAGUCAUCCUAGUCAUCCCUAGUCAUUCCAGUCGUCCUAGUCAUCCCUAGUCAUCCCAGUUAUCCCUAGUCCUCCCUAGUCAUCCCUAGUCAUCCCAGUCAUCCCUAGUCAUCCCAGACAUUCUAGUAAUCCCUAGUCAUUGCUAGUCAUCCCUUGUCAUCCCUAGUCAUCCCUAGUCAUCACUAGUCAUCCCUAGUCAUCACCGUCAUCCCAGUCAUCCCUAGCUAUCCCAGUCAUCCCUAGUCAUCCCUAGUCAUCCCUAGUCAUCCUAGUCAUCCCUAGUCAUCCCAGACAUUCUAGUAAUCCCUAGUCAUCGCUAGUCAUCCCUUGUCAUCCUGGUCAUCCCUUGUCAUCCCUAGUCAUCACUAGUCAUCCCUAGUCAUCACCGUCAUCCCAGUCAUCCCUAGUCGUCCCUAGUCAUCCCAUUCAUCUUUAAACAUCCCUAGUCAUCCCAAGAAAUCCUUAGUCAUCCCAGUCAUCCCUAGCCAUCCCAGUCAUCUCUAGUCAUCCUAGGUCAUCCCAGGCAUUCCUAGUCAUCCCAGUCAUCCCUUUUCAUUCCUAGUCAUCCCAGUAAUCCCAGUCAUCCCUAGUCAUCUCAGUCAUCCUAGUCAUCCUUAGUGAUCCUGGUCAUCCCUUGUCAUCCUAGUCAUCCUUAGUCAUCAUUGUCAUCCUAGUGAUCUCUAGUCAUCCCUAGUCCUCCUAGUCACCUCUAGUCAUCCCUAGUCAUUUCAGUCAUCCGUAGUCAUCCCGAGUCAUCUUAGUCAUCCCUAGUCAUCCCUAGUCAUCCCAGUCACCCCUAGUCAUCCCUAGUCAUCCUAGUCAUCCCUAGUCAUCUUUGUACAUCCCUAGUCAUCCCAAGAAAUCCCUAGUCAUCCAAGUCAUCCCUAGCCAUCCAAGUCAUCUCUAGUCAUCCUUGGUCAUCCCAGUCAUUCCUAGUCAUCCCUAGUCAUUCCUAGUGAUCCCAGUAAUCCCAGUCAUCCCUAGUCAUGUCAGUCAUCCUAGUCAUCCCUAGUCAUUCCUAGUCAUUCCAGUCAUCCCAGUCAUCCCUUGUCAUCCCAGUCAUCCUAGUCAUCCCUAGUCAUUCCAGUCGUCCUAGUCAUCCCUAGUCAUCCCAGUUAUCCCUGGUCAUCUUGGUCAUCAUUUGUCAUCCUAGUUAUCCAUAGUCAUCUCUAGUCAUCCCUAUUCAUCCCUAGUCAUCCCAGUCAUCCCUAGUCGUCCCUAGUCAUCCCAGUCACCCCUAGUCAUCCCUAGUCAUCCUUUUAAUCCUAGUCAUCCCUAGUCAUCUUUAAACAUCCCUAGUCAUCCCUAGAAAUCCCUAGUCAUCCCAGUCAUCCCAGUCAUCCCUAGCCAUCCCAGUCAUCCCAGACAUUCCUAGUCAUCGCAGUCAUCCCUAGUAAUUCCUAGUCAUCCCAGUAGUCCCAGUCAUCCCUAGUCAUCUCAGUCAUCCUAGUCAUCCGCAGUCAUCCUAGUCAUCCAGGUCAACCCUAGUCUUCCUAGUCAUCCCUAGUCAUCCCUAGUCUUCACAGUCAUCCUAGUCAUCCCAAGUCAUCCCUAGUCAUCCCUAGUCAUCCUAGUCAUCCCUAGUCAUCCCUGUCAUCCUAGUCAUCACUAGUCAUUCCAGUCAUCCUAGUCAUCCCUAGUCAUCCCAGUUAUCCCUAGUCCUCCCUAGUCAUCCCUAGUCAUCCCAGUCAUCCCUAGUCAUCCCAGACAUUCUAGUAAUCCCUAGUCAUUGCUAGUCAUCCCUUGUCAUCCUCGUCAUCCCUUGUCAUCCCUAGUCAUCACUAGUCAUCCCUAGUCAUCACCGUCAUCCCAGUCAUCCCUAGCUAUCCCAGUCAUCCCUAGUCAUCCCUAGUCAUCCCAGUCAUCCCUAGUCGUCCCUAGUCAUCCCAGUCACCCCUAGUCAUCCUUAGUCAUCCUAGUAAUCCUAGUCAUCCCUAGUCAUCUUUAAACAUCCCUAGUCAUCCCUAGAAAUCCCUAGUCAUCCCAGUCAUCCCAGUCAUCCCUAGCCAUCCCAAGAAAUCCCUAGUCAUCCCAGUCAUCCAAGUCAUCUCUAGUCAUCCUUAGUCAUCCGAGUCAUCCAGGUCAUCCCUAGUCAUCCCUAGUCAUCCCAGUCAUCCUAGUCAUUGCUAGUCAUCCCAGUUAUCCCUAGUCCUCCCUAGUCAUCCCUAGCCAUCCCAGUUCUUCCUAGUCAUCCCAGUCAUCCCUAGUCAUUCCUAGUCAUCCCAGUAAUCCCAGUCAUCCCUAGUCAUGUCAGUCAUCCUAGUCAUCCCUAGUCAUUCCUAGUCAUUCCAGUCAUCCCAGUCAUCCCUUGUCAUCCCAGUCAUCCUAGUCAUCCCUAGUCAUUCCAGUCGUCCUAGUCAUCCCUAGUCAUCCCAGUUAUCCCUGGUCAUCUUGGUUAUCAUUUGUCAUCCUAGUUAUCCAUAGUCAUCUCUAGUCAUCCCUAUUCAUCCCUAGUCAUCCCAGUCAUCCCUAGUCGUCCCUAGUCAUCCCAGUCACCCCUAGUCAUCCCUAGUCAUCCUUUUAAUCCUAGUCAUCCCUAGUCAUCUUUAAACAUCCCUAGUCAUCCCUAGAAAUCCCUAGUCAUCCCAGUCAUCCCAGUCAUCCCUAGCCAUCCCAGUCAUCCCAGACAUUCCUAGUCAUCGCAGUCAUCCCUAGUAAUUCCUAGUCAUCCCAGUAGUCCCAGUCAUCCCUAGUCAUCUCAGUCAUCCUAGUCAUCCGCAGUCAUCCUAGUCAUCCAGGUCAACCCUAGUCUUCCUAGUCAUCCCUAGUCAUCCCUAGUCUUCACAGUCAUCCUAGUCAUCCCAAGUCAUCCCUAGUCAUCCCUAGUCAUCCUAGUCAUCCCUAGUCAUCCCUGUCAUCCUAGUCAUCACUAGUCAUUCCAGUCAUCCUAGUCAUCCCUAGUCAUCCCAGUUAUCCCUAGUCCUCCCUAGUCAUCCCUAGUCAUCCCAGUCAUCCCUAGUCAUCCCAGACAUUCUAGUAAUCCCUAGUCAUUGCUAGUCAUCCCUUGUCAUCCUCGUCAUCCCUUGUCAUCCCUAGUCAUCACUAGUCAUCCCUAGUCAUCACCGUCAUCCCAGUCAUCCCUAGUCGUCCCUAGUCAUCCCAUUCAUCUUUAAACAUCCCUAGUCAUCCCAAGAAAUCCUUAGUCAUCCCAGUCAUCCCUAGCCAUCCCAGUCAUCUCUAGUCAUCCUAGGUCAUCCCAGGCAUUCCUAGUCAUCCCAGUCAUCCCUUUUCAUUCCUAGUCAUCCCAGUAAUCCCAGUCAUCCCUAGUCAUCUCAGUCAUCCUAGUCAUCCUUAGUGAUCCUGGUCAUCCCUUGUCAUCCUAGUCAUCCUUAGUCAUCAUUGUCAUCCUAGUGAUCUCUAGUCAUCCCUAGUCCUCCUAGUCACCUCUAGUCAUCCCUAGUCAUUUCAGUCAUCCGUAGUCAUCCCGAGUCAUCUUAGUCAUCCCUAGUCAUCCCUAGUCAUCCCAGUCACCCCUAGUCAUCCCUAGUCAUCCUAGUCAUCCCUAGUCAUCUUUGUACAUCCCUAGUCAUCCCAAGAAAUCCCUAGUCAUCCAAGUCAUCCCUAGCCAUCCAAGUCAUCUCUAGUCAUCCUUGGUCAUCCCAGUCAUUCCUAGUCAUCCCAGUCAUCCCUAGUCAUUCCUAGUGAUCCCAGUAAUCCCAGUCAUCCCUAGUCAUGUCAGUCAUCCUAGUCAUCCCUAGUCAUUCCUAGUCAUUCCAGUCAUCCCAGUCAUCCCUUGUCAUCCCAGUCAUCCUAGUCAUCCCUAGUCAUUCCAGUCGUCCUAGUCAUCCCUAGUCAUCCCAGUUAUCCCUGGUCAUCUUGGUCAUCAUUUGUCAUCCUAGUUAUCCAUAGUCAUCUCUAGUCAUCCCUAGUCAUCCUAGCCAUCCCUAGUCAUCCUAGUCAUCCCUAGUCAUUCUAUGUCAUCCUAGUCAUCCCUAUUCAUCCCAGUCAUCCCUAGUCAUCCUGGUCAUCCCUAGUCAUCCCAGUCAUCCCUAGUCAUUCCUAGUCAUCCCAGUAAUCCCAGUUAUCCCUUGUCAUCCCAGUCAUCCUUGUCAUCCCUAGUCACCCCAGUCAUCUAGUGAUCCCUAGUCAUCCCAGUUAUCCUAGUCAUCCCUAGUCAUCCUUAGUCAUCCUAGUCAUCUCUUGUCAUCGUUAAUCAUUCCAGCCAUCCCUAGUCAUCCCAGUCAUCCCUAGUCAUCCCAGUCAUCCUAGUCGUCGUUAGUCAUCCCUAGUCAUCCCAGUUAUCUUUAGUCCUCCCCAGUCAUCCCUAGUCAUCCCAGUUAUCUCUAGCCAUCCUGGUCAUCCCUUGUCCUCCUAGUCAUCCCUAGUUAUCUCUAGUUAUCCUUAGUUAUCCCUAGUCAUCCCAGUCGUCUUAGUCAUCCUAGUGAUUUCUAGUCAUCCCAGUCGUCUUAGUCAUCCCUAGUCAUCCCUAGUCAUCCCUAGUCAUCCCAGUCAUCUUUGGUGAUCCCUAGUCAUUCUUGUCAUCCUUAGUCAUCCCUAGUGAUCUCUAGUCAUCUCAGGCAUCACUUGUUAUCCCAGUCAUCCCUAGUCAUCCCAGUCAUCCCUAGUCAUUCAUUGUCAUCUCAGUAAUCCCAGUCAUCCCUAGUCAUUGCAGUAAUCCUAGUCAUCCCUAGUCAUCCCAGUUAUCCCUGGGCUUCCUUGGUAAUCCGUAGUCAUCCCAGUUCUCCGUAGUCUUCCUGGUCAUCUGUUGUCAUCCUAGUCAUCCCUCGUAAUCCCCAGUCCUCACAGUCAUUCUAGUCAUCCCUAGUCAUGCCUAGUCCUCCCAGUCAUCCUAGUAAUCCCUAGUCAUCCUUAGUCGUCAGUUGUCAUCCCUAGUCAUUCUUAGUCAUCCCAGUAAUCCCAGUCAUCUCUAGUCAUUCCAGUCAUCCUAGUCAUCCCUAGUCAUCCCAGUUAUCCCUGGUCUUCCCUAGUCAUCCCUAGUCAUUCCAGUCCUCCGUAGUCAUUCUUGUCAUCCUUCGUCUUCCCUAGUCAUCCUUAGUCAUCCUAGUCAUCUCUAGUCAAUCUUAGUCAUUCCAGUCAUCCCUAGUCGUCCCAGUCAUCACUAGUCAUCUCAGUCAUCCCUACUCAUCCGUAGUCAUCCUUGUCACCCCUAGUCUUCUCAGUCGUCCUUAGUCAUCCCAGUCAUCUCAUUCAUUUCUAGUCAUCCCAGUCUUCCCAGUCAUCCCUAGUCAUCUUAGUCAUCCCUAGUUAUCCUGUGUCAUCCCAGUCAUCCUCGUCAUCGCUAGUCAUCCUAGUUAUCCGUAGUUUUCCCUAGUCAUUGCUAGUCAUCCCUGUGAUCCCUAGUCAUCCCUAGCCGACUUAGUCAUCCGUAGUCAGUCCUAGUCAUCCCAGUUAUCACAGUCAUCCCUAGUCAUCCCAGUCAUCCCUAGUCAUCCCAGUCAUCGUAGUCAUCUCUAGUUAUCCUUAGUCAUCGUAGUCAUCUCUAGUUAUUCUUAGUCAUUCCAGUCUUCCCUAUUCAUCCCUAGUCAUCCUUAUACCUCUCAGUCAUCCCAAGUCAUCACAGUCAUUUGUAGUCAUUCCAGUCAUCCCAGUCAUCCCUAGUCAUCCUAGUCAUCCCUAGUUAUCGCAAGUCAUCCCAGUCGUCGCUAGUCAUCCCAGUCAUCCCUAGUCCUUCCUAAUCAUCCCUAGUCAUCACUGUUAUCCUAGUGAUCUCUAGUCAUCCCUAGUCAUUCCGGUCAUCCCUAGUCAUCCCUAGUCAUGCGAGUCAUCCCAGUCGUCCCUAGUCAUCUCAGUCACCCCUAGUCAUCUCUAGUCAUUCUGGUUAUUCUAGUCAUCCCUAGUCAUAUUGAAACAUCCCUAGUCGUUCCUAGAAAUCCCCAGUCAUCCCAGUCAUCCCUAGUCAUUCCUAGUCAUCCCAGUAAUCCCAGUUAUCCCUUGUCAUCCCAGUCAUCCUUGUCAUCCCUAGUCACCCCAGUCAUCUAGUGAUCCCUAGUGAUCCCAGUUAUCCCUGGUCCUUCCUAGUCAUCAGUAGCCAUCCUAGUCAUCCGUAAUCAUCCUGGUCAUCUCAUUUCAUCCUAGUCAUCCCUAGUAAUCCCUAGUCCUUACAGUCAUCCUAGUGAUCCCUAGUCAUUCCUGGUCAUCCCAGUCAUCCUAGGCAUCCCUAGUCAUCCUUAGUUAUCCUAGUCAUCUAUAGUCAUCCCUGGUCAUUCCAGUCAUCCCUAGUCAUCGCUAGUCACCUUUAGUCAUCCUAGUCAUCUGUAGUCAUCCCUAGUCUUUUCAGUCAUCCCUAGUCAUCCCAGUAAUCCCUAGUCAUCCCUAGUCAUUCCAGCUAUCCUAGUCAUUCCUAGUCAUCCCUAGUCAACCCUAGUCACUCCUAGGCAUCCCUAGUCUUCCCUAGUCAUCCCAGUAAUCCCUAGUCACCACUAGUCAUCCCAGUGAUCUUUAGUCAUUGCAGUCAUCCUUAGUCAUCCUUGGUAAUCCCAGUCAACCCAGUCAUCUCUAGUCAUCGCUAGUCUUCUCAGUUAUCCCAAGUCAUCACAGUCAUUCUUGUCAUCCCUUGUGAUCUUCAGUUAUCCAAACCAUCCUAGUCAUCCCUAGUCAUCCUUAGUCAUCCUAGUCAUCCCUAGUGAUCCCUAGUCAUUCCAGUCAUCCCUGGUCAUCCCUUUUCAUCCCAGUCAUCCAUAGUCAUCCCAAUCAUCCCUAGUCAUUCUAGUCAUCCCAGUCAUCCCAGUCAUCCUAGUGAUCCCAGUCAUCCCUAGUCAUCUUGGUCAUCAUUUGUCAUUCUAGUGAUCCGUAGUCAUCCCUUGUCAUCCCUUUCAUCCUUAGUCAUUUGUAGUCCCCCCAGUCUUUCUAGUCAUCCCUAGUCAUCCCUAGUCAUCCUAGUCAUUCCUAGUCAUUCCUAGUCAUUCCUGGUCAUCCUCAGAGAUCCUUAGUCAUCCCAGUCCUCCCUAGUCAUUUCUAGUGAUCCUAGUGAUCCCUAGUCAUCCCAGUUAUCCGAGUCCUUCCUAGUCAUGUCUAGUCAUCCCAGUUAUCCCAGUCAUCCGUAGUCAUUCUAGUCAGCCCUAGUCAUCCCUAGUCAUCGAUAGUCAUCCCAGUCAACGUAGUCAUCCCUAGUCAUCCCUAGUCAUACUGGUCAUCCCUUGGCAUCCUAGUUAUCACUACUCAUCCCUAGUCAUCCUUAGUCAUCCUAGUCAUCUCUAGUCAUCCCUAGUCAUUCCAGUCAUCCCUAGUCAUCCUAGUCAUCACUAGUCUUCCCUGUCAUACCUAGUCAUUGCAGUAACCCUUAGUCAACCCUAAUUAUCCUAGUCAUCCCUAGUCAUCCUUAAACAUCCCUAGUCAUCCCUAGAUAUCCCUAGUCGUCCCAGUCAUCCCUAGGCAUUUCUAGUCAUCCCAGUCAUCUCUAGUCAUCCGUAGUCAUCCAAGUCAUCCCUGGUCAUUCCUAGUCAUCCCAGUAAUCCCAGUCAUCCCAGUAAUCCCAGUCAUCCCUAUUCAUCUAGUCAUCCUAGUCAUCCCUAGUCGUCCCAGUUAUCCCCAGUCAUCCCAGUAA